AACCGUUUGCCACUCAUUUCCUAACGUCUUGUCUCUUCUCACAAUUCAAGUUCCUAGAAUCAACCCACCCGCGCCUGCAACAAGGCUUCAUCCCAGAGGUCGCAAUCGGGUACUCGUACCCUACCCGAUACCUGGCCGGGUACGGGUAGCCGGGUAUCGGGUGCGGGUACGGGUACCCGAUUGCGACUCUGGUGCGGCCGGGUACGGGUAAGGAAUCAAAACCCGUUUGCGACCUCUGCCAGGCGGGCAACGCGAUGCGAGCGAGCGAGCGAGCGGGUUCCGCGAGAGACGCAGCUACUGGUGGCACGUGGUGGCACGUGGUGGGCACAUGGUGGGCACGUGGUGGCACGUGGUGGCACGUGGUGGCAGGUGGUGGCACGUGGUGGCACGUGGUGGCCCCUCGGUGGGGACGCGAGGCCUUCGGGGGCCGGGACGUUCACACCAGACAGCACGGCAACGGCGGGAUGCCGACUCUAUUUUUGUUAUAUCUACAUCGAGCAGAGCUGGGGGGAAAUCAAAGAAACUAAAGAGGGUUUUUUUGUAGUAUUUUUACACGUGAAAUGGGGGGCAGGGGUGGGGGGGGCUGCCGGUUUCUGGAACGUAAGAAUUGCGGUCCUUGCGUAGAAAACACGGAGACGCCAUCUCCAGCACGCCGUGUUCAUGUUGUUAAUGAGGGGAGCCAAAGAAGUAAUCGCCACCAAGUGUACAAACGUCACCGCAUGGCCUGCCGUGACGCUUCAAGCUGCCUCUGCUGGACUAGAGCCCCAUUGGCUAGAGCCAGAGACACGCCCACUAGACACAGAGACACGCCCACUAGACACAGAGACACGCCCACUAGAGCCAGGGAGACGCCCACUAGAGCCAGAGACACGCCCACUAGACACAGAGACACGCCCACUAGACACAGAGACACGCCCACUAGACACAGAGACACGCCCACUAGAGCCAGGGAGACGCCCACUAGAGCCAGAGACACGCCCACUAGACACAGAGACACGCCCACUAGAGCCAGGGAGACGCCCACUAGAGCCAGAGACACGCCCACUAGACACAGAGACACGCCCACUAGACACAGAGACACGCCCACUAGAGCCAGGGAGACGCCUACUAGACACAGAGACACGCCCACUAAACACAGAGACACGCCCACUAGAGCCAGGGAGACGCCCACUAGAGCCAGAGACACGCCCACUAGACACAGAGACACGCCCACUAGAGCCAGGGAGACGCCCACUAGAGCCAGAGACACGCCCACUAGACACAGAGACACGCCCACUAGAGCCAGGGAGACGCCCACUAGAGCCAGGGAGACGCCCACUAGAGCCAGGGAGACGCCCACUAGAGCCAGGGAGACGCCCACUAGAGCCAGGGAGACGCCCACUAGAGCCAGGGAGACGCCCACUAGAGCCAGGGAGACGCCCACUAGAGCCAGGGACACGCCCACUAGACAGCUGUAAUCCAAAACGUCUCACUGCUUUGCACGCUCCGUGUGCACGUUCACCUCAACCCCCAGCUGCUCUGCUGCUGGUCACGUGCGUCCACAAUGCUGCAGCUGCAGCUGCAGCAGCUGCUGCUGCUGUUGCUGCUGCAGCUGCUGCUGCUGCUGCUGUUUGCUGCUGCUGCUGCUGUUUGCUGCUGCUG